ACCACUUCAUCUGUUCAUCGCUCGAAUCGGAAAACUUUCUGCAAUUUAAUCUCACUUUUGAUUAUCAAUCAUGUUCUUGAUCGAUAAUCACCCAACUUCCAUUACAAGUUUCCGGUAAUGAAGAUUCUCCGAUUAUCUAAAUUGAUGAGUUUCUUCAAACGACUGAUCGAUUCUCUAAGCGCGAUAAUAUCAUCUUCUUCAUCGAACCAGGACACAAUGGACGGAGUCAUAUCGAACGAACGAGUAGCUAACAAGCUUAAAGGGUACUUUGAUUUAGCUAAAGAAGAGAUUUCUAAAGCUGUUAAAGCUGAGGAAUGGGGUUUACCUGAUGAUGCAAUUAAACAUUAUCAGAAUUCUCAAAGGGUAUUGAUUGAAGCCAUUUCAAUGUCUGUUCCUUCUUAUAUUAGUUCAAGUGAACAGGAGAAGGUAAGGUCUUAUAGACAAAAUAUCUCAAAGUGGCAAAGUCAAGUAUCAGAUAGACUGCAAAUCUUAGGCAGACGAACAGGUGACAAAUUAGUAAACAAGAACAAUGUUCAUACACAAGCGGCAUCAACUUCUUUGUUGAAUUCUCCAAGACAUGCAGUAAACAAGACACGAGUGGCAUCAACUUCUUUGUUGAAUUCUCCGAGACAUGCAGUAAACAAGUCAUUUGCUAAUCAAGCUAAUAGGAGUAUAAGCUCAAAGUCUGCAACAGAAUCUGAUACGAAGUUGGUGGAAAUGAUAAGUUCUGUCAUUGUGGACAGGAGCCCAUUGGUUAAGUGGGAGGAUAUAGCUGGACUAGAAAAGGCAAAACAGGCUUUACUUGAAAUGGUAAUCUUGCCAACAAAGAGAAGUGACUUGUUUACUGGACUUCGCAAACCAGCAAGAGGUUUGCUUCUUUUUGGUCCGCCUGGUACUGGUAAGACCAUGCUUGCUAAAGCAGUUGCUUCAGAAUCGGAGGCCACAUUCUUUAACGUUUCUGCUUCUACUCUAACAUCAAAAUGGGUGGGGGAAGGUGAAAAGCUUGUCCGAACUCUCUUCACUGUUGCUAUUUCCAGACAACCAUCUGUAAUUUUUAUUGAUGAAAUUGAUAGUAUAAUGUCGACAAGAAUGGCAAAUGAGCACGAUUCAAGUAGAAGGUUGAAGUCAGAAUUUCUGGUUCAGUUUGAUGGAGUGACCUCAAACUCCUCUGAUCUAGUUAUUGUGAUUGGUGCAACUAAUAAGCCACAGGAAUUGGAUGACGCAGUUCUCAGAAGAUUGGUGAAGAGAAUAUAUAUCCCUUUACCAGAUCCAGAGGCUAGAAGACUUCUUCUGAAACACAAACUCAAGGGCCAAGCUUUUUCCUUGCCUGGUCGAGAUCUUGAAAGACUAGUGCAGGAGACAGAAGGAUACUCAGGAAGUGAUCUUCAAGCAUUAUGUGAAGAAGCUGCCAUGAUGCCAAUAAGGGAGCUCGGGUCAAACAUCUUGACUGUUCGGGCAGAUCAGGUAAGGGCACUAAGUUACGGGGAUUUUCAGAAAGCCAGGAGCGUUAUUCGGCCUAGCCUGCAGAAGACCAAAUGGGCAGAGCUUGAUGAUUGGAACCGGGAAUUUGGUUCAAAUUGAAGUUGAGUUGAUUUGUGAUCUGGAUGUAGAUACGAUUAUGACAUAGAUUGAGAAAUUUAUUCAAAGUUUCUUAUAUAAUUUAGAUAUUAAAAAAUAGUAUUCCAAUCAAGAUGUGAAUAAUUGUACCAUUAUGUAUUUGCCAAUGAACAAUGAUGGAAUUAAAUUAGCAUC